GAGGCGGCAGUCGCUGCUGGAGCAGCGCGGAAACUGGCGGGAGGCUGACUGAUGUGUUCAGCAGUGUAAUGACAGGCUCUGGCUCACUAUAUGAUUGCUACAAAUCACAGAAUGAAGAUAGUAUAGAGCUACCUCAGACCUACAAUUCUCCCCUUUCAACAUCAGAAUAUUCUGCACCUGUGGACUCUUCCCUUUUAUACGCACCGUGGUCUAUAUAUGGAGACGAUACUAAGCAGCCUCCAGGUUCUCAGAUUAAUGUAAAGUCCAGGAUUCAGCCUGAAAGGAAUGAUUAUGGUAGUGAAACAGAUUUAUAUGGACUUGUGUCUAACAUCUUGGAAGAACAGGAAAAAUCACAACCGUAUUUUGCUGAUGGGAGUUGCUCUUCCAGCUUAAAGUCAGCAUGGCCUGUGAACACCACCAGAAUUCCAGAGCACCAUGACCUGCUGCCAGAACCCAAAAGACCAGUUGUAGCUGCUGUUUCACAACAGGCUUUUUUUACUGGUGAAUCCACUCCUGCUGACAAACAGUACUUGCAAAGUGGUAAUCUCGCAUCCCAGCAGAAAGCAGAUGAAUGUUACCACGGGUUUGCGAGCACGGAGUUUGAAGAGCCGUGGUUAUACCCUUCUCGGAAUGAUCAUGCCACCUGUUACAACAUGCAGGCUACGGAGAAUAUUAAGACAGCACCCAUAUUACAGAACUUCCCAUAUGUUAAAAACACCUUUACACCUCAGGCUGGGUUUUCAGAAGCAAUCAAAGACUCAGGAGCUGAUAAUUAUUCUUACGGAAGAGAGAAGGGAUGUCCCAAAGGAGCAGAUGUGCAGGUACAUCAAAAGCAGGCAGAAACAUUUCUUCCACAAUUUCACAGAUAUAAUGAAAAUGCAGAUUAUAAUAGAUACACUGAGUAUUCUCAUCCUAGUAAAGCAAAAGCUAGCAAGAGUAGCAAUUGUAGCCUCCAAGAAAAUAAAAAGUUAGUAAAUGGAACAACUGAAGCACCCUCUAUGGACACAGAAACCUACACUAAGUUAUUUCAAGUUAAACCAGGAACUCAGAAAAAAAUGGAAGAUAUAAUUCAAGAUCAACAAAACUUCACAUUUUCCAAGGCUGGAGGACUUAUGUCAGAGAAACAAUUUGCAAAUAAACUUUCUUUCUGUACUGAUUUUGGCCAAAAAUCAGAGUAUGGACUAAAAUCUCUUACAUCAUUUCCAGGGAAUAGUGACUGUACAAAUGUUGUAGAAAAGCAGCAGUUUUCCAAAGGUGAUGUACAGAAUUCUGAAUAUUGUAAAUCCCUUACAUUAUUACCAAGCUCCGCAAACACUUCAGUGAAUACUAACGUGAGGCCAAGUUGGAUGAACAUUCAGACUAAAACCACUGCAUCGGUCCCGUUUCAGAAUCCAAGUCCUUUGGUAAAACUGAAUAAUCAUUUAUCUAGUCUUUCAAAAAGUUUCAGUCAUUCGAAUGAUUUUUUUCAGUUGUCACCUUCAAAUUUCCCUUUAAAUAGUAAUUUAUUUCACAAGUGCUGCCAAGAUAACCCUUCACUUUUUUCCAGUUUUGAUUUUGGUUAUAAUACUGCAGAUCGAGCUCAGUCCACUGCUUAUGUGGAAUCACUAGUGAAGACUGGAGAGGAGAAUCUCUUUGAGUCUGUAAGUGACAAGAAAUUAAAGCAGAAUCCAAACGGAUUCUGUGAAAAUUAUUCGGCGCAACAAUUUGAGAUCACGGAAAAUGUGAGCAAACACUGCUUCCAACUGAAGCCGCAGGAUGGACAUUAUGACCUGGAAGAAGGACAGAAGCACCCCGAAGGGUUGUUGCAGAACGCGUACCAAGAGUUAAUGGAGUCUCAGGGUCAGUUUAACCUCAGACAGGGAGGUGGAGACGCUAAUGCGGUGACUCGCGUGACUCGCCCGCAGAUUUCAAGCUUUUCCAGCAAUUACCUGAUGAGUGACUUGAGGCCCAAUCAGCAGCUGGGCUCAAAUAGCUUCCCCCUGAGAGCAGCCCGUCCGUUCAGCCAGUCAGUUGUGCCUUUGAUGGAAUCUUACGGCCUGUUUUCUUACGAUGAUUUAACUCACUUCUAUCCAUAUUUAAAUGAUAUGAUGUAUGGUGACAGCGCGUUCUCUGGUUUUGUACCAGCAUUUGGAUUCCAAAGACCGGUUAAAACACGAAGUGGCCUUGCCAGUGAAUUAUAUGUUAGGCUAGAAGAAUGCCACGAGCAGUGGAGAGCUUUGGAGAAAGAAAGGAAGAAGACUGAAUCAGCUCUUGCUAAGAACUACCCAGGGAAAAAGGUUUCCAGUUCUAACAACACUCCGAUCCCAAGGCUGACCUCAAACCCAUCAAGAGUUGACCGCUUAAUUGUGGAUCAGCUACGUGAACAAGCCCGAGUUGUGACUUUACUGGGAAAAAUGGAACGCCUUCGCAGCUCUCCCCUUCACGCUAACAUUUCCACUGCUCUCGAUAAGCACCUGGAGGUUAUUCACGUGGUGCAGUCUCGUCGAAAAGAUGAAAUUGUGAACGCUUCGAAUCGACGAAGGCAGGGAGCUCCCAGGGGCCAGGAUGACAGAGAUGUUUUUGCCCUGGCCUUGGCCAUCAAGGAGAUGAGCGUGGCGACGCGCAAGGUGCGCACGACGCUGUGGUGCGCGCUGCAGAUGACGCUGCCGAAAGCCGCCGCCGCCCCCCACGAUGCCGAGAGGGCCCUGCCGGAGGCGGCGCCGAGCGAGGACAGAGCGGGCGACGGCCCCGCGCCCAGGGCCGAAACGGGCAAGCGCUAA